CUUACAAGUUUCUCCUUCUAUUGUGCUUUAGUAAAAGCCGACUCCUCCGUGUUCUCACAUCUGGACUGAGUUCACAUCCAGCUUCAGCAUGACCAAUAAGGACCUUCUCACUUUUCUGGACGUCAAUUCUUCAGUGCCGAAGCUCUCCCCUGCGGGCUUCGUCGCGCUCUCAGUCUUUUUGGGUUUUAUAAUGACUUUCGGCUUUUUGAACAACUUCGUCGUCUUGGUGCUUUUCUGUAGAUUUAAGAAGCUGAGGACGCCAGUGAACAUGCUCCUGCUGAACAUCAGUGUGAGUGACAUGCUGGUGUGUUUAUGCGGCACGACCCUGAGCUUUGCGUCCAGUGUGCGCGGCCGCUGGCUGCUGGGGAGGAGCGGCUGCAUGUGGUACGGCUUCAUCAACUCCUGCUUCGGUAUUGUGUCUCUAAUAUCCUUGGUGAUUUUGUCUUAUGAGCGCUACAGCACAAUGACCGUGUAUAACAACCGGGGACCAAACUACCGUAAGCACUUGCUGGCAGUUGGGGGCUCAUGGCUGUACUCUUUGAUUUGGACAGUGCCACCCCUACUGGGCUGGAGUAGUUAUGGGUUAGAGGGAGCUGGCACCAGCUGUUCAGUGACAUGGACUGAUCACUCCUCUGAAUCCCAUGCCUACAUUAUCUGCCUGUUCAUCUUCUGCUUGGGUCUGCCAGUGCUGGUGAUGGUGUACAGCUAUGGCAGGCUGCUAUACGCUGUCAAACAGUUAGGGAAGAUUCGUAAGACAGCUCGAAGGAGAGAUUACCACCUGCUGAUUAUGGUCAUCACCACGGUGGUGUGUUAUCUGCUGUGUUGGACACCGUACAGUGUUGUGGCCAUAAUGGCUACUUUUGGCCCACCGGGAAUCAUUACACCUGUUGCAAGCAUAAUUCCCUCUGUACUUGCCAAGAGCAGCACAGUCAUCAACCCAGUUAUAUACAUCUUCAUGAACAAACAGUUCUACAGAUGUUUCCUGAUGCUAUUAGGAUAUAAAGAAAGGUCAGCACUGACAGAAGGUCAGUAUUUAACCACCAAGAACACCGUGAUCCAGCUGGGAAGCAUCGUGCACAGAGAUCCAGAGUCCUGUACAGCACAUGAGCCUGCCUUAAUGCAGGAACACAGAUGUAGCAUCAUCGUUACGGAGCCCAGCAGCACAACCUAACUCCUAUGGUGAUGCAUACCACAGUCUCUGCUCAGUCUCUGUGACUCCGUCAAGAACUUUCUGGAUUUGUGGUGUCUUUUUUUGUCGUAUUCUUUAUUUUGUGUGUUGACAGUGGUGUUCCAGACACUACUUUUCUACUUUAUUAGACAACGUCUCAUUUUUCUCAACUUCUGUUGCCUAGCGACUUUUUCAACUCUAUGGUAGUCAGUUAAGAAUCGUUCCCUUGUGAUAACAGACAGAAAUAGACACUAAUUUUCUAUAUAAUAAGAGGCACAGUUUAUUUAUGUGCAUGGUUUAUGUGCCAGCAGGUGGACUGAUGUCUCUAAAUUGCAGCUAGGUGUGAAAGUUUGUGUGUAUGGUGUCCUGCAAUGGAGGACAGAGCAUAUUCUCCUUACACCCAGUGCUCCUAAUAUAAGCCCUGUAUCCACCAGGACCUUGAUCAGGAUAAAGCUGAAGAUGAUUA